UGUCACGGAAAUAAAUAUAGAUCUGGGACAAAGCCCUGCAUUUGCCUUGCCUCGACUAGAAUUAAACGUCGUCCUUUACAAUCAUGGCUCGUGAUACAUGUCUCGAUUUUCAGCGUAUACUACUCACUGAAGAUGAAAGUCUUGAUACUCACAACAAUGUAAUGGCGCAGCUACAACUUGAUCGUCGUUUACCAGAAGGAAGGAGGUCAUGCGAACGAUUGCUCAAGGGCCUGGGAUUACAACCUGCACGAGAAGAUCAAGAAGACAGAACAUGCAAGCAGUUUGUGUUUCAAGGACAGUGUCUGGUUCUUGGAGAGUCUGGCGUAGGAAAAACAAGUCUGGUGAAGUCGCUCACUGGAAAACCGUUCGAUCUCGAGCAACCCAAAACGCAAGGAAUUGAUCAAAGUCUUGUGAACGAGAAGUGGCAAAACCUAGAACCAAAGGAUCUUAUGUUUGGAAACUUCUCUCGAUUCUUUAAAAAAAUUCUUGUUCAGUUAACCAUCUUUGGGAAAGCUGGCAAUGUGAUUGUUCAAGAGUCCACGAAUUUGCUGGGUAACAAUCCCCAAGGAGCACAUUGGCUAGGUUUGUUGUGUAUAUUGAUAGCUGUUUUUCUAUGCUAUCAAGCCCAGGAUCCUACCCAGCGUCCAGGAAUAAUUCUUUUAUAUGGAGUUUUUCCGCCAUUGAUUAUGGUUGCGGCAUGGUGCACUUUUCAUUCGGAACCCAUAAGAUUGAUAGCAAUCGCAUGUUGUUUCUUUGCCAACCAUCGUGGCUUGUUAAUGGGUACAUUUCUUUCUGUUCUGUCUGAAGCCUAUCUUUUUAAAGGAAUGUCGGCAAAUAGUUGUAGUAGGUUCAUCAUUAUUAUUUUUCUCCUAUUAGGUUUUCUGUGUUUCGAUUAUUACAAAAAGUCAAGAUCGUUUCAGCAGUCGCUUGGUAUUGACAGGAAGUGUCGGUAUCCGGGACAACUAAAACUUAAGAACCAACGACCUGUAGAAAUUUUCUUUAUUGGUCGUUUCGUGAUAACUGUUAUUAUAAGCUUUACCUUCACUUGCUUUGCAAUAUUGAUGAUGCAUAAUCCGAAUAGAACUAAGUUAACAAGAGUGUUAACAUUGGCAGUGGUUAUUUGCUGCUGUUCACUUCUGUUAGUUCAAUCAGUGCCAAGAAUUAUAGACUCUAUACCCCGGUGGCGUGACAAAGUAUUAUUCAUUAUUGCAAUCAUUUGCCUUUAUUGUGUUGGACGUUUGCUACCUCUAGAUGUGAACAUUGUUAUAACAUUCCUUGUAUUCUUCUGUGAUACAGUCCACAAAGAAUACUUUUGUAUCACAUCUGCAGUAGCCACUACUGGCAAUGGCCAUGAAGGUUCAACUAGUUCAACUAAUUUCACUGCAGUUUGUAUAGAGAAAGCAGCGAUGAAUCAAAGAUCUUUGAGAGAUGCUCUCAAUAAAAAGUUUUGCUCCCCUAAACUGAAGAUCCUUGAUUUUGCCGGAGAUAAUGAGUAUCAUGCCUACCAUCAUAUGUUCCUGAGGAGCCAGGCCAUUUAUGCCAUUGUAUUCAACAUGGCUGAGUUUGCAGAGAAUAGCGUCAAAGACAUACAUGCAAAAAUCAAGACACUCCAUCUGUGGUUUGAAUCUGUCUGUAGCCAUGUUCCACUGAAAACGCCAAUCCUCCUUGUAGGAACACAUAGAGGAAACAUGAACAAGAUCUGGAUACAGGAGUUAAAUGGCCAUCUGAAGAGAAACCUCUGGCAUCUCUACUGUGAUGAGAUUAUCGAGAACGAUGUGGACAAAUUGAUCUUCUUUCCUAUUGAAAACUCUCACGGUCAAAAUGACCCUGGAGUUCAAACUCUGCAAAAGAAAAUCAUGACUGUUGCAGAGGAAUACAAGGGAACUAUAGGUCGUGACAUACCUCUUUCAUGGAUCCAAAUUCAGGACGAGAUCAUAAGUCUUAGAGAAAACAAGAAAGCCAAGUUCUGUGUGACGCUUGAAGAAUUUCCAACAGCAUUUGGAACUUUUAUUUGCACCAACUGGUCUGAAGAAACCUUGAGGUACUUCCAUGAAAAAGGCCUGGUAAUAUACCUUGACAAAGAUAAAGAUCUGUCCAAGUGGGUCCUUCUUAAGCCUGAGAUACUGGUUGAUAUCAUCAUCCAGCUUGUCACGCCACCACCACAAGAGACACAGGAACGAGGCUUCAGACGUGACUGGAAACUCCAUGACAAGGGAAUGCUGACUAAAUCACUGCUGGCAAGAAUCAUCUCGGAGUCCACAGCAGACCAAGAAACUGAAGCUCUGACUGGAUUCCUUGAGGAAUAUGAUUUGAUCUGUCCUUUAUCAAACAGGAAGGUGGAAAUGUGUAACCAAGAUAAAGAUCACAACCAGCCAACUCACUUUGUUCCAUCCUUGCUACCAAUGUCUGCAGAUGGCUGCAUACCACCAGUAUGGCAUGAUAAUGACACAGAUAAGAAGUUCUAUGUGUUCUUUGAGAGAUUCCUUCCAGAACCCCUGUUCCAUCGCCUACUAUCACGUGCCCACAAGAACAGUAUGAUUGAAUAUCCAAGUGGUCGACCAGUUCUGUAUAGAGAUGCUGGCAUGUUCUGGAUGAGGCCAUCACAAAACUACAAGCAACCAUACAGAUUAAGACUUUUGAAGGAAGAUGGAAUGAUUGAAGUGACAAUAAGCUCCAGCAAGUAUGGAAUGAAACCAUCAGAUGUGCUGACUCAGGUGUUUUCAAUGGUCAAUGGCAUUCACAAAAGGGAUUUUCCUUUUGUUAAAUUUCAUUGUGGACCUGCAUGUAUCUCACCUGUGUGCCCUGGCUACCAAGACUACUACAUGCCACACCCAGUGGGUCAAGGGAACAGACGCCACAUAUAUGAUGUUAUGCCUGGACGUCUGAGAGACAAGAUGGCCUCGUUGGACUGCAUAAACCACAGCUUUGAAGAUGAGUUGAAGGAGUGGGUGCCACCCAUCUCAACAUCCUGACCUUUCAAAGGUCAACCUUGCAAGAACCACCACAAGAAAAGUGCAAAAGGAUGCAUGACAAGCCUAGAACAUUUCAAAGGACAUCAGAUGUAUUUAUGAAAUUUCUUUGCAGUAUUCCAUGAAGCUCUGGCAAUCCCAAACAUAAGAAUAUUUUCAGUUAUUAUUGUCAUUAAUCACAACACAAGAUGAAAAGAAAAGAAGCAUAAUUUUGUAGCCCAUGCCACUAGCAAUGAUAUAAUGCUUUUAGGCCAAGUAAUAUGGACAGAAAUUUCCUUUUAACUUGUCAAGUAGCAAUCUUAUGUCCACUUCUGCAACGUGCUGCCAUAACUCGUACUAGUAGGACCACAUUAAUUGUUGCAUGACUAGUUGAAAGAUAUUACCCGACUAUAAAAGUACUUGGCCUCGUAGAACAGAACAAACCCUGGGAAACAACAAUUUAUUUCAGCUUGUUUAGUUAAAAAAAAUACUUCCAGGUCAACAGUCCUAUUUAACAAUUAGACCC